UUUCCAUCGUCUUCACCCAAGUCCCAAUCGUCCUCGUCUUGAAUAAUUCCCUUAAUGUCGUGUACGUCCGAGCAAUCCAACCGUUGUCCCCGCACACAUUCAUGCAUUCGUACAGCAUCCUCAUCCAGCAUCGGUUAUUCACGCCAACUACACAAUUAGUUUGUCCCUAUUCUAUUGGUGUCAAGCUCGUCUCACGCAUUCGCUGCAGCAUAAAUUCCAAACGAGGAGCUCACACCAUGACCUGGGAGGAGCGUGUCACUGGAGACCAUCAUAACAUGAGAUGGACUGUAACAUGCAAAAUCGAUGGCAGGGCGCUCGGUACGGCGUCCGGGCCUCGCAAGGGCGCUGCAAAAGAAGAGGCCGCGAGGCGUACUCUUCUUGCUUUGGGUGUGGAGCCACGAUAGAGAUGGCUUUAAGGACCCCUCAUUGUCUCCGUUGUUUGAUCAGUUGGUUGUCUUUCCCUCAUUUUGUGCUAUGCGGGCCUCCUUGAAUGAAUAUUAUUACCAACACCUCAAUGUUGUUACAU